AUGGAUCCCACAAUGAACAAGCUCCUCAAAUGGAGCGUCCAGAACUCUCAACAGCAAAAUGCCGAUGGCACCGUCACAGCCCCUCCAAGUGCCGCGGAGGCGUCGCGCAACCUCACUCCCGAUAUGAUCAACGCGCUGAUGGGCGGGCCCUCAGACGCAGACUUGAUGAAAGCGGCCAUGGAGGUUUUGCACUCGGAUGAGUCCGACCUGGAGAACAAGCUCAUCGCCUUUGACAACUUUGAGCAACUCAUCGAGGGGAUCGACAAUGCCAACAAUCUCGAGCCAUUGGGUCUAUGGACCCCUCUGGUGCGACUGCUCAAGCAUGAAGAAGCAGAGAUGCGCCGCAUGGCAGCGUGGUGUAUCGGUACCGCGGUGCAGAACAAUGAAAAGGCGCAGGAUAAGCUCGUUGUAUUGAAUGCGAUCCCUGAUCUGGUUUGUAUGGCCACCGCCGACCCCAAUCCUGCCGCUCGCAAAAAGUCCGUCUAUGCGCUCUCAUCCGCUGUGCGCAACUACCAGCCCGCCAUGAACGAGCUGGUCAAAUCGCUGCCCGAGGGCUACCCUACAGAGAAGACCGACGCCGGCGAUAUGGAGGCGGUUGAUCUCAUUAUGGACAAGCUUCGCGCUCACCCCGUCGAGUCAUCUUGA